UGGACAUUUGGGUCAGAAGAUGAGCUCAGAUGCUCUGCAAGGUGCUGAAAGUAGCUGAGAGACCGACAGACAGGCUACCUGCAGGUACUGGUCUCCACUUGGUCCUCAGGGAGUCGUUGUGAUGAUGGGAAGUGUCAGUGGAUGACCCCCUCCCUGAUUUGGCAGUUCUGUUUGAUGAAAGAUCAGAGUCUUGUCUCUGCUCCUGGCAUCCAGCAGCUUCUUCACCAGAGCUGAAGCUUUGCAAACAUCACUCUGCCUUCCUCCUGAUCGAUUUUACCAUCAUUGGACUGGUUAAGGUGCACAAUCCUUAUAUUGAUUUUCCAAGUAGACUUCUCCUGAGGGGUCCUGGCCACCCAAUCUCAGUACCCUCAACCAGGAUUUUUUUUUAAACAAAACAAAUAAGCUUUACUGGGAAAUUGGAAACUUCCUCUGAUGGGGUCCUGGAUGAAGUUAUUUGGAUCCUUGUAAAAUAAAAUCUACUGGGAGAUUACAUUUGUUGAAAGAUACCCAUUUUUUGUCCUGCAAAACUAUCUCCUGUGGGUUCUGCAAUCAAUGUUUUUGUGAAAGUCACUGGCAUGGAAGGCUCUAAAGGAUUUGGGAUUGAGACCAUCCUGUCCCACCAAGGAGGGAGCCCAGGGCUUGUUCAAGGAGACCCAUUGAUGGGGGACAGCAGGUCACCUCUGGAGCUCAGCCCAAGGUCUGAAGUGAGCAGCGGUUGUUCCUCCCCACCCUCCCCACCUAGGGAGUGCUUAGAGUCGGUCAGCUCCAGGCAAGGAGUCCCCCUUGCUAUAGACUCCAACCUCCAACAAGGUGUCCACCUCUCAGCUCCUUCUCAAUCCAGAACUGUCACCUCAUCCUUCCUUAUCAGGGACAUAUUAGCAGACUGCAAACCUUUAGCAACAUGUGCCCCCUAUUCUAGCAAUGGACAGCCAACCCAAGACUUGGGGCAUUGUUUGUCCACCAAAAAUGGAGAAGACUUUAGGGACAAACUGGACAAAAGCAGUAGCUCAACCUCAUCAGACUCCGAAUUCAAAGGUAAAGUAAAAGAGGAAGGGGACCGGGAAAUUUCAAGCUCCAGGGAUAGUCCUCCAGUUCGGCUGAAGAAGCCCAGGAAAGCCCGCACCGCGUUCACUGACCAUCAGCUGGCUCAGCUGGAGCGAAGCUUUGAAAGGCAGAAGUAUCUGAGUGUCCAGGACAGGAUGGAGCUGGCAGCUUCCCUCAACCUCACAGACACCCAGGUCAAGACCUGGUACCAGAACAGGAGGACAAAGUGGAAAAGACAAACUGCAGUUGGACUUGAACUUCUGGCAGAGGCUGGUAAUUACUCUGCCCUUCAAAGAAUGUUUCCCUCUCCAUACUUCUAUCCCCAAAGUCUUGUCUCCAACUUGGAUCCAGGAGCGGCCCUUUAUUUAUAUAGGGGUCCAACAGCACCACCCCCUGCUUUGCAAAGACCGCUGGUUCCAAGGAUUCUCAUUCAUGGACUUCAGGGGGGCAACGAACCUCCGCCAGCUCUGCCUCCUCUAACGGGAGUCCUGCCCAGGGCCACACAGCCACGAUGAAUGCCACCUAUAUCUGACCAGCAUCCCAGGUGCCAAAAACAGAGAUUCACCGACAGCACCAGAGGAGACAUGGAAGUACCAGCAGGAUAAACUGUAUAUAUAUGAACAUUUUAGGUGCGGAGAAUCGCUCCAGUCUCUGAUACAAAG